AUGUCAUUCCUCGUGCAUGGUCAGACUUUAAAGGUUGAUUAUGGAUUUAGGCUUGUUGCAUUCAACUUAGGUUAUCUUCCAGGUGGUGACAAAGAGAUAAUAACAAGAUCAGAAACAACACUACUGGCAUUAGAAGCUGCAGAGAGAGUUUUAAUGCCAGGAGGGCUUAUCAGCAUAGUGGUUUAUGUGGGGCACCCUGGUGGAAGGGAAGAAAUAGAAGCUGUUGAAUCUUUUGCCGCUAGAUUGUGUGUUGAGAAUUGGAUCUGCUGCAAGAUUCAGAUGUUAAACCGGCCUUUUGCUCAAAUACCAAUUUUCUUAUACAGAAGAUAA